CUCCUCCACCCGGAGGGAGGGCAGGGGGCGAGGGAACACUCACACACUCACUCCCACUCACACACUCACUCCCACUCACACACUCACUCCCACUCACACACUCACUCCCACUCACACACUCACUCCCACUCACACACUCACUCCCACUCACACACGGGCAUGCAGCAGUCCUCGGGCCGGGCUGCGGGCACCCGGUUCCCGGGGUCCGGGACAGGGAGCGGAGCGCCCCAAGACGGGCGGGGGCGAGCGUGAGCGGCUAUCCAGCCUUUUUCCAUAAUGAACGAGUGUCACUAUGAUAAACGCAUGGACUUUUUCUAUAACAUGAGCAACACUGACACUGCAGACGAAUGGACAGGGACCAAGCUUGUGAUUGUUCUCUGCUUUGGGACCUUCUUCUGCCUGUUUAUCUUCAUUUCCAAUUCUCUGGUCAUCGCAGCUGUGGUCAAGAACAGAAAGUUUCAUUUCCCCUUUUACUACCUGCUAGCUAACCUCGCCGCAGCAGACUUUUUUGCUGGCAUCGCCUAUGUGUUCCUCAUGUUCAACACUGGCCCUGUCUCCAAAACACUGACCGUCAACCGUUGGUUUCUGCGCCAGGGGCUCCUGGACACCAGCUUGACGGCUUCUCUAACGAACCUGCUGGUCAUUGCUGUGGAGAGGCACAUGUCCAUCAUGAGGAUGAGAGUCCACAGCAAUUUGACCAAGAAGAGGGUGACCCUGCUGAUCCUGCUCAUCUGGGCUGUCGCAAUAUUCAUGGGGGCUGUCCCCACGCUUGGCUGGAACUGCCUGUGUGACAUCUCUACGUGCUCCUCUCUGGCUCCCAUUUAUAGCAGGAGCUACCUCAUUUUCUGGACAGUGUCCAACCUUGUGGCCUUCUUCAUCAUGGUGGUGGUGUACCUGCGUAUCUACAUGUAUGUGAAGAGGAAAACCAAUGUCUUGUCUCCACACACGAGCGGGUCCAUCAGCCGCCGGAGGACACCGAUGAAGCUCAUGAAAACAGUUAUGACGGUCUUAGGAGCUUUUGUUGUGUGCUGGACUCCUGGGUUAGUCGUCCUGCUCCUGGACGGCCUAAACUGUACUCACUGUGGCGUGCAGCAUGUCAAAAGGUGGUUCCUGCUGCUGGCCCUGCUCAACUCCGUCAUGAAUCCCGUCAUUUACUCCUACAAAGAUGAAGAGAUGUACAGCACCAUGAGGCGGAUGAUCUGCUGUUGUUCUCAGGGCGAGACUGCAGAGAGGCGGUCUUCGAGGAUCCCAUCCACCGUCCUGAGCAGGAGCAAUGACACCUCGAGUCAGUAUAUAGAAGAUAGUAUUAGCCAAGGGACAAUAUGUAACAAAGGGCACUCCUGAGCUUAGGACUCAUCUUGUGCCUGCCGUGUGUGACACCUCAGCGCCAGAGAUGUCCCCUUCUCUCUCUAAUGUGUGAAUGAGAGUCACCACACAGAGGAAAUCCCUUAGAAAAAUAGAUGUUAAGAGUGGUUAUUUGUCUUUAAUAGAGACCAAUUACAAUAUUAUUUGAAAUCUUAAUAAAUCAGUGUAGUUUUAAAAGAAAGCAUAUAGAAUAUGCUGUCAAGAAAAGACACAGGCCAUUUAGAAAAUGUCCUGAGAGGAGCAAAGGAGCAGAAUGAGGCUUCUCAUUGCAUCUUCGACCCCUCCCAUGCAUUUCUGCGUCCUGGGAAGCCAUGCUUUUAAACUAGUUUCUUUCUGUUUUCCAGGGAUGGAGUCAAGAGUCUUUAGGCUUGGAAUUCUUCACCUAGGGUCCAUGGGCCUUAGAUUUCAGGAAGCACGGGGCAUGAACUUGGAUGGCAAAAAAAAAAUGACAUCUUUAUUUCCAUAUAACUUGUUUCCUUUGUAAUCCUAUGUAUUUUGUUUUAUGUGUUUAAAAACAGGGUUCUAAGAAGGGAUCCUUAAGUGUUAGCAGAAGGUUUCAUCAAACACAUACAAAAUGAAGAAUCUCUUCUUUGGGCCAAAGGAUGAUUCUUGACCUAUUUUCUCUAUCCUCUUGCCCACCCCAUGUAAAUGCAUGCAUUUAACAUUUUAAAAAAAUGUUUCCUUGCUGAAACAUAAUUCUACAAAUGAAACUAGUUCCAGCAGCUAAACUUUUAAUAGGAACCCUACCUAAAGUGAAAAUCAGUACAGACCCCAGAAACAAGCUUCUUUUCUUUGUUUUAAUUAAAAUCAAAUGUAAGCUCUGGGUUCCAAUAGAUUGCUUAACUGAAAUAGUAAAUCUUUUCAACUAGAAAUUGCCUUCAGUUAGCAUGCACGUGUGUGUUUUCACAUAGAUAUGGAUGCAUUUAGAUUUCUUAAUCUAAACACUGGGAUGCAUUCCCAAGCCUCCCAGUUUAGGGGGUCUUAGACAUUCUGCAGCAUGAUUCACCCUAGGUGGUCUAACAAACAGGGGCUAUAACCAGCAGACCCCCUAACGAUGCGACUUCAGAGAAGGAAAAUGAGAACCAAGCUGGAUAUCAAGCUGAAUCCAUUCCUCACAGGGUCACCUUGAAUUCAAGGCUUUGGGUCUGAUGUGUUCCCCCAACGGAAGGCCCUGUUUCCAGAUGGUGAUUUUGAAAUCACCAUCUUGCCUGAAUCUCUCAGGAUGCUUCUUUACCCUUCCCACUUUGCAGUAGACUGCAGACAAGCUUCAAAUGGUUGCUUUACCUGUGGACUGAAUUCCUAUCAGGGAUAGAUUCUGAGUUUUUUCUCCUUCGAUGAGCACAGUAUGCCCUGCACCAAGUCAGUUUGUUACAAAGUCUAGAGCUUUUUAAAGCACAGUAGUACAUAGGCGCAAUUUUUAUAGAUAUAAAACAUUCUGAUUUUUUAAAAGUAUGAUGUCAAGUUAGCUGUUGUAGUAUUUAUGUGGUUUGUAUAAGAAGUUUACAUUUGUGUGUGUGUGUGUGUGUGUGUGUGUAUGUGUGUAUGUGUGUGAUGGAUGAGCAAAAACUUCUUGGAAUGAGAAGAAUUGAAAAGUGAUAUUCUUAGAUUAUCUAAUAAAGAUAGCGUUCUGAUCUGAAGGUGUAGACCACCACCUGACCUGCUCCUACCCCAAAACCAGAUACAUAGAGUUCGUGAAAUCACUUACACACCUCCCCCACCUCUGAACCCCCCCCCAAUAAAAUAUGACUUCUUCAAA